AUGGAUCCAGCAGUUAAAACCCCAGACCUCAAGGCCCAAGAACCUACCCACCUACGAAUCCCAAACCGAGGAUGCCUCCAAACCAGCAGCCACAGCCUCAAAGGUCACAGAAACCCCCACCGGACAAACCACGACCAGAGAAUCGUCGAUCUCAAAGACCUCAUCCUCAGCAAUCACCCCCGAGGCCCCGGCAGCGAAAGCCAAGAGAGCAGCGUCCCAGACCUCUUCAGCCUCGCAGGAAAAAUCAUCAUUGUCACCAGAGCAGCCUGUGGCAUCGGCCUCACCAUGUCAGAGUCGCUCAUCGAGUGUGGAGCCAUCGUUCAUGCGCUCGACCUCCUCCCCGGCCCCAGCCCUGAGUUCGACCGUCUGGCCGCCUCCCUCCCCAAGGGAACACCGACCUAUCACCCCAUCGACGUUCUCGACAUCCCCGCGCUGGACACUCUCGUCGCCAGCAUCGCCCAGACACACUCCGGGAGCCAUGGCCUCAUCGCCGCAGCCAGGAUCCAGCACUAA